GAACAGAGAUGCCCUUGACAUGGGAGUUUCUCUUCAGAAACCCCUGUUCUGUGUCUCUCAGACUGCCAUCACUCAGGUUUCUGUCCUGGUUCUGCUCCUUCCCCUGGUUUGCAGGCUGUAGCUGAUGCCCAGCCCCCCCUGGAAUGAUGCCAUCGCGGACCAACCUCUCUGCUGGGAUUCCCAGUAGCAAAGUCAAAUAUUCCAAACUCUCCAGCACUGAUGAUGGAUACAUUGACCUGCAGUUCAAGAAGAGCCCACCCAAAAUCCCCUACAAGGCCAUUGCACUGGCUGUGGUGCUCUUCAUGAUUGGGACCUUCCUCAUCAUCAUCGGAGCCCUGCUGCUGGCAGGGUACAUCAGCAAAGGGGAGACCGACCGGGCCAUCCCCGUGCUGAUCAUCGGCAUCCUGGUGUUCCUGCCGGGCUUUUACCACCUGCGAAUCGCCUACUACGCCUCCAAGGGCUACCGGGGCUACUCCUACGACGACAUCCCCGACUUCGACGACUGAACCGUUAAUUAAUCCUGCUCUAAUUAGGUUGGUCAGAGCUGGUAGUUCCCCUGGAUGCUGGCAGGGCACAGCUGAUGUGUGUCCCUUCCUGGGCUUGAGGUGUUGCAGGUUUUCCAGUUUGGGGGGUGGGGGCUGGAGCCCGGCAUUGACCAAAAGGAAUUGCAGAGAACUUGGGAUUUAUUUUUUCCUCUCAGGGUUGCAUAAUUCUGCUCACUGGGAAGCUCUUCCUGGGCGAAGCAAUCCUUGCAAUUUUCCAAAAAUAGAUGAGCUGGUUUCAGCGGCAGAUACUUGUUUUUUCUGUAAAUGUUUUCUAGAGUUUACUUUAGCAUUCCAUGAGAUUGUGGUUAUUGUUGGGUUACCUUUGCACACAGACCAUAGUUAAAUUCUCCUUUUGCUCUCUGUCCAUCAGAAAUGCUUCCAAAGUACUGGUCCUGAGCUUGCCUGGAGUAAAUAAAGUCUGAUGAAAGGGGGAAAGCAGCACUUGCAGGAAGUGAUUUGCACACAGUGCACUUGCUCCACAGCUCCCUGUCAGACUGACCAAGCUCAUUUCCUCACAAACGCAUCCUUCCCAAGCGAGCUUUCCCCGUGCCACUGUUGCUUUUGGCAAAAUCUGCUCACCCUUCACAAGGACUGGUGUUGGAGUUUGCCUGUUAUUUAAACAACAAGAUGGAUGCUGGGAGAAGGGUUGGAACCCAGACUCAGGUGUCUAAAUACCAAAAAUCUUGGGCUUGCCAAUGUGGGUAUUGGAGACACUUGAAUUCCAGCUGUUUGUCUUUUGGAGUCCUUUAGUCCUUGUGUAGAUAAUUUGCUGAGCAGACCUGCCCAGGCCAGUGAAGAGAAGUUCUCUGUGUUCUCAGUUUGUGCUGAACUCUGGAUUGCUUUGCCAGCUUUGCUGAUGUGUCAUUCAGGGAAAACAGAGUGAUGGCUCCACUUCUGUGAGGUAAAACGAGGCUGUCUCCUGAGCUGGGGUGUCUCAGUGUCCUGGACAACGAGCAGUGAUGCAAGUGGAUGCAUUUAACAUGAAUAAAGUUCUAUAUUCUCUGUAA